CGAGGUUUGGGGUUACUGGCGGUCACAAAAUGGCGGAACCGGUAAAUCUCGGCUAAGAUUUUGCUGACACACUUUCAGAUUUCUCGCCUUUCCUGCCCUCCUGGUCAACCUAACCGCCUUCCCUACAUCCCUGAAGAUUUCUCACAACUUCCGAGACAACAUGGCGGAAGGUUUCACGAAGAACGGCAUGGAACCGAUCGAAUUCGACGACGUUCGGCUCGCUCUGGCCGGGAUCAACUUGAUGUUAAACAACGGUUUUCAGGAAUCAGACAUGCUCUUCAACAAAUACAGGCAGUACAGUCCACUGAUGAGUGCAGGGGCCAGUUUUGUAAGCACCAUGCAUGCUGUGAUGACAUUUGAAGAAGAGAAGAUUGCAGCUGCCAUGCAGAUGUUGAAGUCGACCGAGCACCUCUGCACUACAGACGAGGGCUUCUUAGAGUCCAUCAAGAACAAGUUAGGCAACAAGCCCGCGCCCAAGGAGACCGUACAACUCACGGUAGCCGAGCGCCUGGAACGACAAAUCAUCGUCGGCGACUGCCAGCUCUACAUCGCGAUGCUAACGUUCAUCAAACAGGAGCUCUCGGCGUACGUGAAAGGCGGGUGGGUGCUGAGGAAAGCAUGGAAAAUCUACAACCGCGUUUACCGCGAGGUGACGGACUUGAUCGCGUACUGCGAGUGGAGGACGGGACAGAAGGUGGACGGGUCGCAGUCCAGCCUGGACAGCCUGACGGACGGGGAACAGGACUCCGCACCGCGCCACAUCCCCAGCAAAUCACAGUCCAGCUACGAGAUUUCCCGCGAGGCGGCGAAAAGCUCGGUGACGACCAGCGCGUCCUGCGAGAACAUUCCCAGCAAGAACAAAGCAGCCUGGGCCGGCGUCUCCAAAAGUAAAUCUGUUGCCAUGGCGAUGGCCACAAGCACGGAGGACUUACCGUCCAUGGAAACGCUCGGGAGGCUGCUGGGCGCGGUGAGUUUCGGUUACGGACUGUUCCAGCUGACGAUAUCCAUGAUUCCGCCGUCGCUGCUGAAGAUCGUGAACAUGCUGGGUUUCCGUGUGGAGCGCGACAUCGGACUGAAGUGUCUGAAGACAGCCAGCAAAAGUCAGGACAUGAAAGCACCACUGGCUACGUUGUCAUUGCUCUGGUACCAUCUGGUUGCUACACCCUUUUUUGCCCUGGGAAGUGGCAGUGCAGAGCAAGGUCUCUGUGAAGCAGAGAAGAUCCUUCGUGAGAAUGAAGCCACCUACCCAACAUCUGCCCUGUUUCUGUUCUUCAAGGGGAGACUUCUCAGGCUUAGGUGUCAGAAUGAAGAGUCCCUGGCUGUGUAUAACCAGGCCCUGGAGGCCUGUAAGGACCAAAGAGAGAUCCAACUGCUCUGUGUUUAUGAGAUCAGUUGGUCCCAACUUCUGAAGCUGAACUUUGCAGAAGCACUCAGUGGAUUUCAGAGGUUAAAGGAGGAGUCCAGAUGGUCUCAGUGCUACUAUGCUUACCUCUCAGCAAUCUGCUAUGGUGCCCAGGGAAAGAUCACUGAGUCCAGAGACAUGUUCAAACAAGUGCCCAAGUUUGCUCAGAAGAAGAGAAACCCUUUGGAACUCUACACUGUCAGAAAGGCCCAGCAGUUUCUGAAGGCUGGUAAGAAGAACCAGACCAGGGAGUAUGUGAUGUUGCUGGCCCUGGAGGUCCUGUAUCUGUGGAGAGCCCUCCCCACCUGUGACACAGACGACCUUCAGAAAAUGCUUCAAGAAUGUGGUAAGGUGACAGAUCAGAGUCUGAUCUCCAUGGGAUUCCUGAUCGAGGGAUCCAUCCACAGUAUACUUGGGAACAGAGAUGAGGCCAUGACUUGUUUUGAAGCUGCCCUUGCCAAGUCUUCCAGUCCACAUCAGGAACAACAUGUGGCACCUUUUGCCUGUUAUGAGUUAGGAGUGCUGUAUCUGGAGAAGGCAGAGACUCAUGACCAAGGAAAGGCCUUGCUAAUUAAAGCAAAGGAUGGUUACAAGGACUAUGAUUUUGAGAACCGCCUGCGAAUCCGUGUCCACGCGGUCCUGCGUCACAUGAAGGACGUUCCCGUGGAACAACCAGAACCAGAGGAGUACAAGGAGGUGGAGGAUGAGGACUGAAACUACAGAGCACAGUACCAACUUGUUUUCUUGCCAGUUCUGUUCGGUUCAGUUUGUUCUUCCUACUAGUAAUGGACCUAUACCAUUAUUACGUCACAGUUUGUUUACCUGUUGUAAAGAACAUUCUAGAACGGUCAGUUAAAGAAUAAAGAUCAUUUCAAAGU